UCACGGGAAGACUACAAAUGAAGCUGUGCAGGGGGAUAUGGGCUGGACUAGUUUUGAAGUGAGGGAAGCUCGCAGUAAAAUUGAGUAUGAAGAACGGCUGAGGAAUAAGGAAGAAAGUAAAUGGGCCGGGAGAGUGUUCAGGUAUCUGUACAGGCAAAACAUUGAUUCACAGUGGAGGAAAAGAACUAGGAAGCUUACCAGCAAGUAUGCGGCCUGUGGGGUGUGCAACACAGCAGCAAGGAAGGUCAAGCGGAAAGUCAGAGAGGCUGAAUUAAUCUCAUGGGUGGCGGCAUUGGAAAAGAAACCUGCCAUGAGUAACUACUUAAGAGGAAAAAACGAAAUCAGGAAAGAAACCAUUUAUGAUAACUCAAAGGGAAGCUCAUUACUUUUCGAAGCGAGAUCGGGAUGCCUUAGAACACGCACCUAUAAAGCGAGAUAUAAGAAGGAAGAAGAAGCAUGUGCUUGCUGCGGUAAAGCUAGGGAAACGACGGAGCAUAUUUUAUUAGAAUGUGAAGACGUCUACCCAGCGGUCGAUUUAGGCACCACUGGCCUCCUUGAAGCCCUUGGGUUCAGCGGGAGCAGUGGUAAAGCAAACAGGUCCGCAAUAGACAUUAGUAAGAGGCGAUUGGAGAAUUGGUGGAAGAAAAGUAGGGAAACGACAAAAGACGGAGACGUACAAAAGCACAAUUCACAAUAGGGGAUCAGAAAGUUUGGACGCGGUAGUUCAUAGUGUUUUUUUUUUCCUUUUUUCAUUGGUUAACCUAGGUAGGAUAUUAGGCAGGAUAGUAGCAAGAGCUUGGUGGCGCAACCCACCGCACCGUUCCAAAGGGGACGCUCAUAACAUCCAUCCAUCCGUUGCUCCAACUCCCGCAGCGUGGACUGCGUGUAUACCACUUUUAUCGGCACCUGUACAUGCAGGGGCGCCGGUUCUGGGCGGAGCUACUCGCCGCUCGCUAAUUCGUACCACGUGUCCUGAAUCGUCGUGUGCGGCAAGUCGGACAGGACGCGCCGUACGACGCAUCGCACUCAAAAUCGCACCACGUGUCUCGUGCUCAAGUUAAUAUAAUACUUCGUAAGGUGGGAAUAAAUUUUGAGAGAUUUAUUCAAAAACUGUUUCUCCACCGUAAAUGGUUGCUAAACAUUUUCUCCUUCGAGAUUUAAUUAUUGAGGUGCAUUUUUUCACGAUUCAUCAAUUUAUCCUUUUGCCGUAAAUGACUAGAUCGAGUGGAAGUAAAUAAUUCUUUUUUUUUUUCCUUUUCUGCAGAGGAGCCGCGCGUUCACGUGGUGGGCGUGCUGGGAGAGAGGGUGUCACUGCCGUGCGACAUGACGCCCAACACGACCGACGACGAGGUUUCCCUGGUGCUGUGGUACAAGGACGACUCGACCACGCCCAUCUACUCGUGCGACGCGCGCCGCAGCCGCCUGUCGCAGGCGCACCACGCGCCUGCCGACUGGCUUGGCCACCGCGCGUACCUGCGCCUGGCCGGCGAGUUGGGCCAGGCAGCCCUCGAACUCUACCCCGUGCACGAGGAAGAUGAGGGCCUCUACCGGUGCCGGGUGGACUUCCGCAAGGCGCGCACCAGGAACUACGAGGUCGUGCUCAAGGUCAUCCUGCCUCCCAACGAACCCAUCAUCACUGACCAGAAUGGGGAAAUCCUUCCGAGCAAGAGCAUCAUCGGGCCAUACAACGAGGGCGAUCGUUUGCUGCUGGUUUGUCAAGUUGAAGGAGGCAGUCCUCCGCCGGUGGUCACGUGGUGGCGCGAGUCGUUCCUGCUGGACGACCAGUACAACGUGACCUCUCAGGGGAUCUCGAGAAACGAGCUGCUGCUUCCCUCGCUGGGACGCAACGACCUCAUGGCAACCUUCACCUGCUUGGCCACCAACAACAACAUCUCCUUCCCGGUGUCCGCCAGCGUCACGGUGGACCUCAACUUCCGUCCGCUCUCCGUGUGGAUCGAGGGCGAGCAGCGACCGCUGUCGGCGGGCAAGCCGGUGACCCUGCGGUGCCGCUCGGCUGGUUCCAGACCCCCCGCUGUGGUCGAGUGGUGGAAGGCCGGCGUGCGAAUGAACGCCACGCAAGCCAACGGCACCAGCGCGCUGACUUUCUUGCCCGUGAGCGAAGACUCGGGCAAGCAGCUGUCGUGCCACGCCGAGAACCCACUCAUCGCCGGCAGCGCCAUCGAGGACGGCUGGAAGCUCGAAGUGCAUUACGUGCCACAGCUGAACCUCCGUUUGGGCAGUAAGCUUCGGCACCAGCACAUCCAGGAGGGCAACGACGUGUUCCUCGAAUGCGACAUCCGGGCCAGCCCGUGGGUCACGGAAAUCGGCUGGCGGUUCGAAGGCCGCGACCUGGCCACCAACACGUCGGCCGGGCUCAUCGUCAGCAAUCAAUCACUGGUGUUGCAGAAAGUGAACCGCCUAGCACGUGGCCGCUACACCUGCACCGCUACGAACGCAGAGGGCAUUGGCGAGAGCAACCCCGUCAACCUGAGGGUCCGAUUUGCGCCGACGUGCAAGCCUGGCCAGAAGACGGUGUACGGCGCCGCCAGGCAGGAGGCGGUGCGCGUCAGCUGCGAGCUGGAGGCCGACCCAGCGCAGGACAUCGCGUUUCGGUGGCGCUUCAAUGCCUCGCAGCAAAUGCUGGGCUCCACCAACGUGAUGAGCGAGGGAACACGCAGCUGGGCCACUGUGGUGCCGCAGACGGACGAGGACUAUGGAGCGCUGCUCUGCUGGGGCAAGAAUGGCAUCGGCAUACAGCGCGAGCCGUGUAUCUUCACGCUUAUUCAGGCCGGACCCCCCGAUGCGGUGCAGAACUGCUCGGUGCAGAACCAGACCGAGGACUCCGUGGCCCUGGCCUGCUCGGAGGGCUACGACGGCGGCCUGCAGCAGCGGUUCCGCCUCGAGCUGCACGACACCGCCCGGCGGCGGCUGCGCGCCAACGUGAGCUCGGCCGAGGCGCCCGCGUUCGUGGCGCGCGGCCUGCCUGCCGGCACCAGCUUCGUGGCGGCCGUGUACGCGUUCAACUCACGCGGCCGCUCCCAGCCGACGGUGCUCGUGGUCAGCACGCUGCCGGCGCCCGUCAGCCUCACCCGGAAAGAGGGUGUGUGGCAGCUCAACUUUAGCCCUCUCCUUGCGGCACUCAUAGCGGUCAUCGGGGGCCUUGCAGUCAUCGCCAUCGCCAUAGUCAUCGUCAUGAAGUUCAGGGACCACCCUGACGGCAAGAAAGCGCAAAAACGACUGAAGAAGGAUGACAAAUGUCACAUGCCACUUCAAAAAGACACUGACGACACCACGGACAUUUUCCACGACGAAGAAAAAUGCCCGGAUAUUAUCCCAGAUGUACGAAUGGGAGACACAAUCACAGGCCCCGUCUUAGAGAGCAGCUUCGGUGGCGCUACAAAGUCAUGGGAGACGCAGCACUUUGGCUCCAUCAGCCGAGUUGCCUACCACAUGAACCCGGAAUGGGGCUCUCCUUGCGCCGUGCGGGAAAAGGACACCAUCCUGUUGACACCGCUUCAAGAAUACUCCGCUUACUCGGAAAGCAGCAAGGAGUUUGACAAGGCACUGUCUGAGCAGUCAAUGGGCCAGCUAACCAGUUUCAAGCCACUGGCCACUGGCAACUGAAUCUGGGCUGUGACUGGCAGAUACAGCCGCAUUGAGUCGCAGCUGGACGCAGCAACACGGUGUCAUCGAGGCCCGGCCUGCACUCGGCGUGAAGAGCGGCAGAUCCGCGAAAGUAGGGUGACCGGCCGACCACAGCGGCAUGGUCGCGGUGCAACUAGCCGGCAGAGUUUAGCGCUCCAGCUGAAACAAGGCUCUCCUUGCCGUUCCAUGCAAACUGCGGUCGGUGCAAGACUAUAGGAGGAACGACGGCGAUCUCUUACUUUCCUACGUCGACGAGAGGAAUCUGCAGUGACAGCAAGUGACUCUAGCCUUCUGCAGAACAGACGGCCACUCGAUUCCGCCAAGCCCUCCUGUGCAUAGCUUUCUUUCUUUUCCUCGCUUGACACUGGAACACGAGUUCAAAACUUGCCAACCGACGUCGGAAGGGUGUCUUGUCACAGCUAUUCUCACUUAUUGAUAUUGUAAAGCAAGUGUCACAAUAAUAUCUGCAUUUAAAGAAUGCGAACGUCCUUUCUUGGGGAUGAUAUGUGGUAUAACAUAACUUGAAGGCCAUGCAAGCCCGCAAAUUCUUUUGCAACAAUGAAGCAUCUUUUAACAAGAGAGUUUGGUUAUACAGCAUGGCGGAAUAAAUUUAAAACUGCUAGGAGCCACUCUUAUCGACUAGUUUCGGAUACUCUUGCAGCAAUUGCAAGAGAGAGACUCGAUAUAUCCUGAGUCUCUCUGCAGGUCUUUUUCAUGACUGAAAUUGCAAUCUAUUAAGAUCACCAGCACCGUUCACAGGCUUCUUUUUCUCUAGAGACUGGUGUGUAUCUAGCGGGCAAGGCAAUCUGAACCUGAGCUUUUGCUGUCAACCCCGUUCUCUGAUAGAGAUGACAAAUGAUCAUUUUACGUUUUCGUUAUCAAAGUUUAUAGAAACCAAUAAAUGAUGAUGCAGCAACAAUUUGAAGAGCACGGCCAAGCCUAUUCGUCAUGCCUGAAGUGGAAACAUUUUAAGGAUUUUACCGAAAUGCAGCGUCCUGAAGCAUAUGUUGAAUUUUUUAUUGGUAAUUGGGAUGGAAGAGUGAAUAUGAGCUCAAGAGAACGUCAGAGCACUAAAGUUUUUCUAUAAUACAGUACCUACAGCUUAGAUGACAAUAUUACUACUUGUUGUUAAGACUGUGCAUCAAUAUUGUUAAACUGACUUACUAAAGUCUAAAAAAUAUAUUCGCCUAAUAGAAACGCGUACCGGCAAAAGCGUCGUGUUCUUCGAUGAUGAUGUCGACAGAACACGUACAUUUUUCUUUUUCUUUCUUUUUUUUUAUCAUUAACCAUAUUCAGUGCUCAAUAACUGUCUCAGCAGAUGAAGCUUGACUCAUUGCAUCCGUGCGGCCCAUCGUUCUUCUCAAGGUUUCAGUGAGUCGCUGUGGUUCAUCCCUACAACUUGAGAUUAAUAUUUUCGCUUCUGUAAUAAUUAAUAGGUGUGCAUUUUAAAUUAUUACUGCCAAGGCACCCUUCCGACCACAUAAUUCACUGCAUUUGUAUAUUCGACAUUUAUGUGCCACCGUUGCUCACGUCUGCACAGUGCUCUAGAUCAUGUUCGUGCGUGCACAUGUGAAAAUGCGUGCGCGUUUCCCGUUUCUUCAUCCAGACCCACAAAACCUCUAAGUCGUCCUACGCGUAGAACCUACGCCACUUGUGAAGGAGCAGGACCUAAUGGCAACCACGUGACACGUCUACACGCUUGGAAACAUUUGCUACGGAUGCUUCAGCGCUCGAACACUCAACUCUGUUGUGCAUAUUGCAACAGUGCGAUCAUCGACGUGAAACCAGGCAGCUUCGGUUUUAUUUCAUCUAGGUACUGCUAGAAUUCCAUCGCGAUUGAGAACGGCAGUUUUCCAUAGUUUAAAAUUCCUCUAGAUCCAUUCCUUUUGCAGUGUCUCUUUUUUUGUGUCUCUCUGUGUGUUAUGUGACGUGCUCAGAUUUCGCGUUCUCCUGUGUGUAAUGUGUCUGCGGACUGAGUCAAAUGGGCCCGUUACUACAGUGCAUUCAUGUCGAUAGGUGCAAGUGAUGCUGAAAGAACACUGGAGCGCUCGUGUACUAUGUUGUUUGUUAACAUGCCACAACCACUCAGGUCAACAACAACAACAAUAACUGCGACAAAAUGGGGCGUGCUAAACAGCCCGCUAUCCCAAAAUUUCAGCUAAAACACAGCAUAAUCUCAGCAAGUUCUUUCGCGCAUCACAUGUGAGCGCGCAAGGAUAAUUUAUUGCAUUUUAUUCCUGGGUGCUCUCCCAUUAAAGUAUACACGAGUAAACAGGUCGUUUGAGUUGCCUAAACUAUCGUACUUCCUUUGAGAAGUGACAUAGCUCUCUCAUUUGGUGCUGCUAUUAUUAAAAAGAGUGAGGAAAAGGACAUACUUUCACCCUGGUAUUUUUCCCACUCGUCACUCUUCCUGUCUUAGCUUGUCGCCAGCGUGAUGAGGUGUCGCUCAUGAGAUCAUUCAAUGUACCGUGUAUUGAUAACUGCGUGGCCGUGCCUUUCCGAGCGUAACAUGUUAAUUAUUUAUAUUCCUUUCAUCUCACUGAAGAUAAACACAAGUGGCGGCUUUAAGAAAAUGUGCAAUCUACAUUAGUUUUUCCAGCUGUUACCCUUACGAAGCAGUUAUGUGGUUGUUACAAGAUAGCUUCCGUCACUCUUAUGCGACCCGUAGGUGCUUUAGUAGCGAGUCUUUCUACCCGCCUUCUUGUUUUGUUCAUGCUAGGAGAAAGCAGUCAAUCGCGAUCCAGACUGCGCUGCUAACAUCAGCGAUCGCACAUUUACAGCUGUAAAAUUAACCUUUCUCACAUAAUUUUUAUGGAAUAAUCAUCAGCAUCACUCGUGAUGGAGGCAUUUGAACCAGUUUUCUGAUUUUACUUGAUUCCUCGUUUCGUUGUAGUAUCUCAUCAGGGUGCAAUGUUAUACAAUUGCUGACAUCGCCUGUCUUCUGAUAAAAAAUGCUCUUCUUGGAAGGAGUUAAUGCACAUAACAGGGCAUUGCUAAAAAAAAUAAACUUCUUCCCACUGUGUU